AUUUUCCACCGUUUCAAUGAUGUUCUAUGGCCUUUUAUAAACUGAGGCACCACUCCCACUUUCUACUCACAAAACAAAACAGAGUACACUUUCUUGUCAAAAUGACUUCUCUCAUAGAAACAUUUCUAUUUUCUCUCAUUAUUCUCUCUUUCACCUAUACACAGGCAGCAACGUUCGACAUCACAAACAAUUGCCCUAACACUGUAUGGGCCGCAGCCGUACCAGGUGGCGGUAAGCAACUAAACCGCGGCGAAAAAUGGACCAUUAACGUAGCUGCAGGAACCACAUCGGCCCGUAUUUGGGCCAGAACCAGUUGUAACUUUGACGGUUCAGGGAACGGUCGAUGUCAAACCGGUGACUGCGGCGGUAAGCUGAUCUGCCAAGCUUACGGUACAGCUCCAAAUACACUAGCGGAAUACUCUUUGAACCAAUAUAUGAAUUUGGACUUUUUUGAUAUAUCUGUUAUUGAUGGAUUCAACGUUCCUAUGGAAUUUAGUCCAACUUCUAAUGGAUGUACACGUGGCAUAAGAUGUACGGCUGAUAUCAUCGGACAAUGUCCUAAUGAGCUUAAAACUCAAGGUGGUUGUAACAACGCAUGUACCGUUUUUAAAACCGAUAAUUACUGUUGUAAUUCUGGUAAUUGUGGGCCCACUAAUUAUUCUCAAUAUUUCAAGAAUAAGUGCCCAGAUGCUUAUAGUUACCCAAAGGAUGAUGCGACAAGUACAUUCUCUUGCAAAGGUGGAACCAAUUACAAGGUUGUCUUUUGCCCAUGAACUGCAUGCAGCCUUGGGGUCGAUGUCUUACCUGUGUGUAUAUAUAUAUAUAUAUAUAUAUAUAUAUAUGCAUGCACUAAAUAUAGAAAAUAAAUUGAAAAGGUGCAUGUAUGUGCACUUUGUGAGCUUAUCUACUUAAAGGAUGUGUAAGAUUAUAAAUAAAUUUUCAUGAAAUAAAGAAAGAAGCUAUAAAGUAAUAA